AUGGCACUGGCAUUGCUGCAGGACUGGUGUAGCCUGAUGGGUGUGAACGCCCACCGCUCCCUGCUCAUUCUGGGCAUUCCAGACGAUUGCGAGGACCAGGAGUUCCAGGAGGCUGUGCAGGCUGCCCUGCGGCGCCUGGGCAGGUACCGAGUGCUGGGCAAGGUCUUCAGAAGGGAGCUCCAGUCUAGCGUCGCCUUGAUCGAGUUCGCUGAGUAUUUAAACCGAAAUUCAAUCCCCCAACAAAUACCAGGCAGGGGAGGACCCUGGACUGUGGUCUUCCUGCCCCAGGUCCCCAAUUCUGAGCCACAAGAUAGACCUGAUUUCCCUGCACUGCUGCAGAGGCAAGCAGUGGCUGGCAGGGCAGGUGAGGCAAGAGCUGCAGGUGAGGAAGAAGCUGCAGGUGAGGAUGUGGCUGCAGGUGAGGGUGUGGCUGCAGGUGAGGGUAUGGCUGCAGGUGAGGGUAUGGCUGCAGGUGAGGGUGUGGCUGCAGGUGAGGAAGUAGCUGCAGGUGAGGGUGUGGCUGCAGGUGAGGAUGUGGCUGCAGGGGAUGUAGCUGCAGGUGAGGGUAUGGCUGCAGGUGAGGGUGUGGCUGCAGGUGAGGAAGUGGCUGCAGGUGAGGAAGUAGCUCCAGGUGAGGGUGUGGCUGCAGGUGAGGAGGCUGCAGUUGAGGAAGGGGCUGCAGGUGAGGAGGUAGCUGCAGGUGAGGGUGUGGCUGCAGGUGAGGGUGUGGCUGCAGGUGAGGGGGUGGCUGCAGGUGAGGAUGUGGCUGCAGGUGAGGGUGUGGCUGCAGGUGAGGGUGUGGCUGCAGGUGAGGAGGUGGCUGCAGGUGAGGAUGUGGCGGCAGGUGAGGAGGGAGCUGCAGGUGAGGAGGGAGCUGAAGAUGAGGCAGGAGAGUCAGAUGAGGAGGGAGCUGCAGGUGACACAGGGAUUGCAGGUAUGGCAGGAUCUGUGAGUAUGGCAGGAGCCUCAGGUGAGGCAGGAGCUCCCGGUGAGGAAGUCGUGGGUGUGGCAGGAGCCCCAGGACAGGCAGGAGCUUGGAACCAGCAAUGGAGGCAGGCCUUGCAGCCUGUGCUAGAAAAUAUGGCCUACCAGCAACUGAGAACCUUUUCUGGGAUGGAAGAGCCAGGCCACGGGGAUGAGUCCUUUGAGAGCUGGCUGGACCAUGCCCAUGACAUGCUAUACCUAUGGCGACACGUAUCAGAAAGGGAGAGGAGGAGAAGGCUGGUGGAGAGCCUGGGUGGCCCUGCACUGGAUGUUGUGAGAAGCCUCCUAAAUGAGAAUCCUGACAUCACUGCGCAGGACUGCCUGGCCGCACUGAUUCAGAUGUUUGGGAACAAGGACAAUCCUAUGACUUCACGGCUGAAAUUCAUGACUUGUGCCCAGCGGCCCCAGGAGACUCUCUUUGCCUACAUGAUGCGUCUGGAAAGCCUGCUGCAGGCGGCCAUAGAGAAGGGGGCCAUCCAACCCUCCAUGGCAGACCAGGUGCGUGCCCGGCAGGUGCUGAUGUGGGCCCGUCCCAAUGAGAUGCUCUGGAACACGCUGAGGAGAUUGCGGCUAGAGAGGAGAUCACCUAGCUUCCUGGGGAUGCUUCAGCUCAUUCGGGAGUCGGAGGCAUGGGAGGCCACUCCAACUACGAGCCAGCAGGCCCAAGUGGAAGAAGGGGCCUGUGUGGAUGUUGGAGACCUAGCUGCUGCCCACGCUGCCCCAGCCCGUGAAGAUGAUGGCGAGGCCGCCGUAGCCCGUGAAGAUGAUGGUGAGGCCGCCGCAGCCCCUGAAGGAGCUGCCCACGCUGCCCCAGCCCGUGAAGACGAUGGCGAGGCCAGCGCAGCCCGUGAAGACGAUGGCGAGGCCGCCGCAGCCCCUGAAGGAGCCGCCCACGCUGCCCCAGCCCGUGAAGGUGAUGGCGAGGCCGCCGCAGCCCGUGAAGGGGCUGCCCACGCUGCCCCAGCCCGUGAAGGUGAUGGCGAGGCCGCCGCAGCCCGUGAAGGGGCUGCCCACGCUGCCCCAGCCCGUGAAGGUGAUGGCGAGGCCGCCGCAGCCCGUGAAGGGGCUGCCCACGCUGCCCCAGCCCGUGAAGGUGAUGGCGAGGCCGCUACAGCCCCUGAAGAUACUUCCCAGGGUGUCCUUUCCAAGGAAGAUAGUGCCGAGGCCACUCCGGCCAAUGCAGUGGCCAGUGAGGCAGGUCCUGGCACUGCCGAUCCUGAUGGGGCUGCUUCUGAAACCGGUGGUGCCACCACGGCGGUCCCUGCCCUUGAGGAGACCUCCUCUGCCACUCAGCGAGGUGAAAAUGCUCUGGCUCCUGCAGGCCUAGGUCAGGCAGGACCCUCCCCUGCCCGUAUGGGCAGCGCUUCUGGGGUGGGCUCAAGAGGUCUUGGCGGUGAGCCAGAGGGCCAGGCCCAGGCAGGAGACCAGGAGGCCCAGGAGCCCCGCGAGGAGGGGCUCAAGCCCAUCCCGGAGGAGUUGGGAAGUGAGGACAGGGCUGGGGAGAUGAGUUCCCCUGAGCCCUCCUCCAGCAAAUAG